AUCGUGCCACUACCAAUAUGGCCGCCGCGGAGAACCAUUUUAACGUCACAUGCGCCUAUAUGUAGAGCUGAACUUCCGUUGCAUCUUUCUCUUUCUUGCUAAGUCCGUGUGGAGUGAAACAGUUAGGCACCAUGAGCAAGGUUUCCAGAGACACGCUGUACGAGGCUGUGCGCGAGGUGCAGGCCGGCUCCCAGACCAAGCCACGCAAAUUCUUGGAAUCGGUGGAGCUCCAGAUCAGCCUGAAGAACUACGACCCCCAGAAGGACAAGCGUUUCUCAGGCACCGUCAGGCUGAAGACCACUCCCAGGCCCAAGUUCUCCGUGUGUGUGCUGGGGGACCAGCAGCACUGUGAUGAGGCCAAGGCUGCUGAGCUGCCCCACAUGGACAUCGAGGCCCUGAAAAAACUCAACAAGAACAAAAAGAUGGUGAAGAAACUGGCCAAGAAGUACGAUGCCUUCCUGGCCUCCGAAUCGCUGAUCAAGCAGAUCCCGCGUAUCCUGGGCCCCGGGCUGAACAAGGCCGGCAAGUUCCCCUCCCUGCUCACCCACAACGAGAACCUCAACACCAAGGUGGACGAGGUCAAGUCCACCAUCAAGUUCCAGAUGAAGAAGGUGCUGUGUCUGGCUGUGGCAGUAGGACAUGUGAAGAUGACUGAGGAGGAACUGGUCUAUAACAUCCACCUGGCUGUCAACUUCCUGGUGUCCCUGCUGAAGAAGAACUGGCAGAACGUGCGUGCGCUCUACAUCAAGAGCACCAUGGGAAAGCCCCAGCGUCUCUACUAGAGGCUCCGCCCUUUUCUUACAAUAAACCUGAGAAAACUGCCAAUCA